CUCGAUAACACUCACAGAUUCUUAGCUGCUCCAAAUCCACCAGGAAAUAUGACAGCACUAAAAUUUGACUGUGUUUCUAUUAGCUUACAAAGAUUCUGUAUAUUUCCUCUAGCUAUUCGAGCAGAUUCAUUGAGAACAUUCCUUUUAUGAGACUUAUCUUCUUCUCCCUAUGCAAUCAUUCACUGUACACAUAUUGCAUUUUUGUAUUAUUUAUAAAUUAAUUCUUAAGUACUUACAUGAAGGUGAUUUAUAACAUGCAACUGUGCGGUAUCUGGUGCGAAACAACAGGGUGUAACAUUAUUUCUAGUCAAAUGGGACAGAACUGCAGCAGCUUCAUGGAUUUCUGUUCCGUCAUAUACACCACAACCAGACAAUACCUAAAUAGCAAGUUAAUAUUUUUACUUCCAAUAUGAUAAAUAAGUAAUUAAAGCGAUACAAAUAUGAACUUACUACAGCAACUUUAGUACUACCAUAACGAGAAUUGCUUAAUAAUGGGCUUUUAUGAGCAGUAUUGAGCAGGAGAUUUGAUACUGGCUUCCUUAACAUUUCUAGGCAAACUUAAAAACGUAAAAUUAUUUUUGUUUAUUUUUUAACUCAUAAGCAUUAAUCUCUAUUAAUGCAUUGAUAUUUUUUUGUUUGAACCUACCUAAUGUCUAAUAUAUUCUGAAAACAGCUUAGACUGAAGGUUUUAUUUCCAAGUGGUUACCAUUUCUGAACCCCCCCUCAGCUAUGUCUAACUUAAUCAUUUUCUAAUUCUUGUCAUCAUAAAAUAAAAAACGGAUUACACAUAACUUAUGUUACUAUAAAAUACAAUUAAAAAAAUUCAUCUGUUCGUUUCAUACAUUUUUUUUUUAAGUUUGAUUAGUGCUAGUUUGUUAUUAGUGUAGUAUUUCACUUUAGCUUGUUUUACGAGAUUUUUGGAGAAUGGAGGGAGAAGAAGUGGAAGAAGAGAGCUAUAACGGGACUUUAAAAUCGCUAAAGCCCUUCAGGAGGGUUAAAGACACAAAAGUAACACUCAAUAACGGAAUAAGAAUGCCAGUUUUAGGGUUUGGAACAUAUAAAAUUCAAGGCCUUGAAGAUCUCUUGCAAAUCAUUAAAUUCGCAUUAUCAGCUGGUUAUAAAUUAUUCGAUACAGCUUCUGACUAUUACAAUGAACGAGACCUCGGUACAUCCUUGGCAGCGCAUCUUCCUGCUAAUAACUUGGAGAGGGAUGACAUAUUCGUCAUAUCCAAAUUAGCCACAGAGGACCAAUGCGUAGCAAACGUGCGUAAAGCUGUCCUAAAGUCAAUGAAAAACUUGAUGAUGGAACAAAUAGACCUCUACCUCGUCCAUUGGCCUGGAGCGAGCAUCUUGGAUAUUCCUGAAGACGACAGCCCGAAGCAUAGAAACGUGAGGCAGGACACGUGGCAGCAGCUCGUCAGGCUUCUAGACGAAGAGAAGUUGCGGUCGAUUGGUGUUUCAAAUUUUUGUGAGAGACACCUGGUAGACUUGCUAGAAUAUUCUUCAGUAAAACCCGUAGUCAAUCAGGUUGAGUUCCAUCCUCACUAUCGUCAGCCGCAGGAAUUGCUUGACCUCUGUAAGGAACAGGAUAUAUUCCUCCAGGCUUACGGAAUCUUCGGUGGAGGCGAAAACGCCAUAUUGUUCGACCCGGUCAUUAUUGAAGUUCUAAAGGCAAUAAAAAGAAGGAUUCCUUACCUAACGACGGCACAGGUGAUUCUACGCUGGGCCUUGCAAAGUGGAUUCGGAGUUCUUACCAGAGCUAUGGACUACACUCCAAUCCACUGCAAUGCAGAUCUGGACUUCUACAUCACGAAAAGACAAAUGAAGCAAAUAAACGCGAUCAGCACCAGAACCAAAUAUUACUGGGAUCCAGAAUAUAUAGUACAUUAAACUGAGAUGGAUUUCUCAUUUGGUCUGAUUCUUUUCAUUCCUCGACAUAAAAUAAAAUGAUUUUUAAACCAUAAAGUUGA